AGAUCUUCGGCCUUAAGGCCCAUUAACUGAGUUUAUUGAUUUUAGAAAUUCAUGCAAUCCGUUUAGGCAAAGCCCACUAAGAGCAAAGCCUACUUAUAAAUGGAGAUGACCUAGGGUUUCGGUUUUGCACAUCACUCUUGCUGUCCGUUUGCAGAAAAUCCUAGCUUUUCGUGAACUCAUCUGAGAUGGGCGAGGAUGUUAAAAGUGGGGUCAUAGUCCCCGAGUCUGUAUUGAAGAAGCUGAAGAGGGCUGAGGAAUGGUCCCUAGCAAGCACGAAAGAGCAAGAAGAAGCCAAGAAGAAGAAAGCUGAAACUCGAAUGUUGAUUUGCCAAAGAGCGAGGCAGUACUCACAGGAGUACGAGGACCAGGAGAAGGAGUUAAUUAUGCUGAAACGUGAAGCGAGAUUGAAGGGUGGAUUUUAUGUGGACCCUGAAGCAAAACUUUUGUUCAUUGUUAGAAUUCGGGGUAUUAAUGCCAUGCACCCGACAACUAAGAAAAUUCUUCAGCUUUUGAGAUUGCGUCAGAUCUUUAAUGGGGUCUUUUUGAAAGUUAACAAAGCUACAAUGAACAUGCUUCACAGAGUCGAGCCAUAUGUCACCUAUGGGUACCCCAACCUUAAAAGCGUGAAAGAGUUGAUCUACAAGCGGGGUUUUGGAAAAGUUAACAAGCAGAGAAUUGCUUUGACUGACAAUUCCAUCAUUAAUCAGGUAUUGGGCAAGUAUGGGAUAAUCUGCAUGGAAGAUCUUAUCCAUGAGAUUUUGACUGUGGGACCCCAUUUUAAGGAGGCCAACAACUUUUUAUGGCCAUUCCAACUGAAAGCACCAUUGGGUGGAUUGAAGAAGAAGAGGAAUCACUAUGUUGAAGGCGGUGAUGCUGGUAAUCGUGAAAAUUUCAUUAAUGAGCUCAUUAGGAGGAUGAACUAGGCUUAUUUGGUGUUCAGAUUUUGCUUAAAUGAUUUUUGACCGUGACCAGUUCUUUAACUGGAUUUUUGCAGUUUGUUUUAGACAUGAACCUCCAAAUAAAAACAAGUUUUUAUUUCUUUUA